UUCCCCAGUUUUUGCCGCACCCAUGUCCAAAGCCAAUCCCAAGAGUGCACGACCAAGACUGGAAGACGAUGCGGACGAUCUCGACGACGUACUCGGCCGAUUCGCGGGAGAGAAACGCGGCGAGCCGAAGGCGAGAACUCCGCCUGCACCUAGCACGCCAGGGCCAUCGGCGUCCCGACCAGAAGUGCCGCCAAAUACUGCCACCAAGAAGUCUAUCAUGGACGAGCUCUCCGUAGGCGAUGACUUCGCACGUGAACUAGCGGAGGGUAUGGCCGUCCUCAUGCGUGAGAUUGCAGCAGAGUCGGCGCAACAGAGCGGUGAGGGUGGCGUGAGCGCAGACGCGUCGGACGAGGACAAACGGCGAGAGGCGACGUUCAGGAAGGCAUGGGAGGACAUGAUCGUCGAGGGUAUGAACGGCGCACUGGACGUGGAGGACUUCGACAAGAACGCGAAAGGAAAGGCUCCUGCGAAGCCUGGGGAGGCAAACAAGACCCAGGUCGAGGAUGAUGCUUUCCAGUCGAGUCUCAGAUCUGCCAUGGACAAUCUAAAAGUCAGUGAAGACACUGCCAAGGAAAGCGAGCCGAAGCCGACAAACGAAGAGACAGACGCGUUCGAGAAGCUCCUUGCUACCCUCGGCGAGAACGGUGGCGAGUCAGAGGAAGAGCUGCAACGUAUGCUCGAAACCAUGAUGUCUCAGCUCAUGAGCAAGGACAUCCUCUACGAGCCUUUGAAGGAGCUCCAUGAGAAAUUCCCUGCGUAUCUCAAGGACAACGCCGCCACGAUUAAGGCAGAAGACAAACAACGUUAUGAAACCCAGCAGACGAUCGUCGCGAAGAUCGUCUCUAUCUUCGAAGACCCGAAAUAUACGCCUGAAGAUCAGGACAAGGGUAUCCAGAUCGUCACCCUAAUGAACACGAUGCAAUCUCACGGUUCACCGCCACCAGAAAUCAUGGGUCCACUGCCACCAGGGCUUGAGUUGGGCCCUGACGGCUUGCCCAAGCUACCCGACGGCUGCAGUGUACAAUAAGUGUCACCGACUAUCAC